GCUUAUCGUCCCAACGCAUGCACCUUGGAACUGCCGCACUUUUCAAGCCUACAUAGUUGGGCCAGCCGUCAAGACAAGUGCAUAAACGGUUUUGGAAGGGCAAAGGUUGACGUAGACGCAGCCAAGGUUUGCUACCACUGAUCUUUGUACAUAGUGUCUUGCUUUCGUUGCGCUCAGCUACGCUCAGUUAAAUCUACCACACCUCUAAACCGAGAGCAUGGCUUCCGACAAUAGCGCCGUCGCGAAGGAUCUAACCGCCGGAACGCUCGCAGGAGUAGCGCAGCUUCUGGUCGGCCAUCCCUUCGAUACAAUCAAGGUCAAGCUACAAGCACAGCCCAAGCCCGCUCCAGGCCAGCCGCCCAUGUACUCAGGCGCCAUGGAUGCAGUCCGGAAAACCAUAGCCGCGGAGGGCCCGAAAGGUCUGUACGCGGGGAUCGGUCCCCCGCUUGCCACGGUCGCGGUUUUCAACGCGGUUCUUUUCACUGCCCGCGGGCAGAUGGAGGCAAUUCUGAAGAGCAGCCCGGACGAAAAGCUAUCGGUGGGGAAGCAGGUGAUCGCCGGUGGCGGCGCUGGCCUGGCUGUGUCGUUCGUCGCGUGUCCCACGGAGCUCAUCAAGUGCCGCCUGCAAGCUCAAAGCGCUCUCGCGGCCGCUCCGCUCCAGGGAGCUGUUGCAGGCGCCGGUCCUUCCGUGACCAUAAGCGUGCCACGGUACGCGGGCCCACUGGACGUGGCACGCCACGUCAUCCGGUCCGAGGGCGGCGCGUUGGGCCUGUUUAAAGGCCUCACGCCCACGCUGCUUCGGGAGGUGCCUGGAAACGCCGCCAUGUUCGGCGCGUACGAGGCGACCAAACAGCUGAUGGCGGGAGGCACUGACACGUCAGGGCUCAGCCGGGGAGCGCUGCUUGUUGCUGGUGGCGUGGGUGGCGCAUGCUUCUGGGCCUCCGUGUACCCGACUGACGUCAUCAAGAGCAUGAUUCAAGUAGACGACUACAGAAAUCCCAAGUACACCAGCACAGUACAGGCCUUCCGUAAAGUGUGGGCUACUGAAGGUGUCAAGGGCUUGUACAGAGGGUUUGGCCCUGCAAUGGCACGGAGUGUACCUGCUAAUGCUGCGUGCUUUCUGGCUUACGAAAUGGUCCGGGAGAUGCUGGGAUGAGCUGCGGAGUCGCUGCUAGUACCUGUUUUUUUUUGGGGCGUCCCUAUCAAGAAAACAGCUUAGGAUAGGAAGGACGCCUUCAUUGUGCUGCCCACUCUCCUGGUGAAACCAAGUACCGUAAUUCCUGAGAGAAGACCAGUGGGUGCUGAAUUCCGGCAAGUCUUCUAGCUUCAGAGAGCACUGCUGAUUGCAACCAUGCUAUAUGUUAUUGCAUUGUGAUAUUUCAUUGUUUCAUUGCAUAACUCUUCCAAACUGGUACUGUAAUGGAAUUUGGG